CAAAAUGACAAAAAAAUUUUUUAUAAAGAAAUUAUUUUCAAGUUCUGAAAAGACGAAAAACUGUGAGUCUGGAAAUGAAGUCACAGAGGGUCCUGCAGAAUUUGAAACGGCCGUUUCUGCGUUGGGAUUUGGAAAAUUUAAUAUCUUGAUGUUUCUUGUUUUGAUUCCUUCGCAAUGGGCAAUGAUUUUUGACACAACUCUAAUGUCUUAUAUAUCUCCAGUAGCGCAAUGUGAUCUAGAUCUAAGUCUUAAUAAUAAAGGAACCAUAAACGCCGUAGCACCAUUUGGUGCUAUAGUAGGUGGAGUAUUUUGGGGGAUCCUGAUAGACACCCUGGGUAGAAAAAAAUUAAUCAUGUACGGAUUCUUUAUAGAAGGAAUUAUUACCAUAGUAACCAGUUUAACCCAAAACUUUGCAUUUCUGUUAAUUUCGAAAUUAAUUUCAGGAGCAAUGACUGGUGGUUUAUAUAUUGCCCAGUGUACUUACUAUGCCGAAUUUCACUCAAUGGAACACAGAGGAAAAAUGCAAUUGUCAAUGGGAUUUAUAGCCGGUGCGGGACAAGUUGCCAUGCCUGUACUUUCAUCCUUCUUUUUACCCUUAGACUUCACUGUUACUCCUUUUAAUGGAUACAUAAAAUUCCAUUCUUGGAAUCUAUUAAUCCUAAUCUCGUCAAUCCUGUCCUUUACUGCUGGAACAGUAUUCAUAUUUUUACCAGAAAGUCCAAAAUAUUUGAUGACCAAAGGAAAUAAUGAAGAAGCCUUAACUGUAUUUAGAAAGGUCUACAGAAUUAAUAAAGGUCAACCUGAGGAUUCUUAUCCCAUUAAAAAACUUAUUAAUGAGACAAUAGAAAGUAAGUACACAGGGAAUGGAAGAAAAGCUAUUGUUAUAAAUUAUAUAAAAAAUGGUUGGCACCAAGUGGCACCCUUACUUAAUAAGAUUUAUUUUCCAAAAUUACUUCUGGUAACUACUAUAGAACUUAUAAUAAUUACUAACAUUAAUACAUUGCGAUUAUGGUUGCCACAAAUUUUCCAAAGUAUACAUGAAUAUCAGGCAGAUCACAAUGGAAUGACUGCUCAAUUGUGUACAAUGUUAGAGACUCUCAAAACAGUAACAAAUUCUUCACAAGCAGCAGUACCUGAGUGCAAUGUGAACACAGAAAAUAACUUAUCUGUGUAUAUAAAUUCAAUAGUAAUUGCAAUAGUUGGCAUGGUUGGAUAUGCACUGGCUGGAACAUUCAUGAAUAUGAUCCCAAAGAAGAAAUUAUUAUGUGUAUUGGGAGUCGUUUCUGGAAUUACAAUUCUAACAACAUAUUUGUCACAAAAUACUAUUACCACAUUAACUUUAACAUCUCUUCAUUUGGCUACAACUGGAAUUUCCUUUGACGUUGUAAUGACAAUAAUUGUUGUAAUUUUUCCAACUACUUUAAGAGCGACAGCAAUUUCAAUUGUACUUAUGAUUGGAAGAACAGGAGCAAUACUAGGAAAUGUAUUAUUUCCUGUAUUACUUCAGACGGGAUGUGCUAUACCGUUUUUCACAUUAGGUGGUAUCGCUUUUGCUGGAACAUUUGCUUGUUGGCUACUCCCUGUCACUGACAACAACAGUUUAAAAUAAUUAUUAUACUGUAACAUAUUUUAACUAAUUAUAUAUAUUAUAUAUAUUUUUACAUA